CCGAGGCGCGAGCAGGUGGAGCCGCAGCGGGAGCCCGCCCGGCCGAGCGGAGGGAGGCGGUGGCUGGGCCGGGGCCAUGGAGCUGCUAAAGCUGAACCGGAGCGCGCAGGGGUCCGGAGCCGGGCCGGGGGCUUCCCUGUGCCGCGCGGGGGGCGCCCUCCUCAACAGCAGCGGUGCGGGCAAUCUCAGCUGCGAGCCGCCUCGCCUCCGCGGAGCCGGGACACGAGAAUUGGAGCUGGCCAUUAGGGUCACCCUUUAUGCAGUGAUCUUUCUGAUGAGUGUUGGAGGAAAUGUGCUCAUCAUCGUGGUCCUGGGACUGAGUCGCCGGCUGAGGACUGUCACCAACGCCUUCCUGCUCUCACUGGCAGUCAGCGACCUCCUGCUGGCUGUGGCUUGCAUGCCCUUCACCCUCCUGCCCAAUCUCAUGGGCACGUUCAUCUUUGGCACAGUCGUCUGUAAGGCAGUUUCCUACCUCAUGGGGGUGUCUGUGAGUGUGUCCACACUAAGCCUUGUGGCCAUCGCCCUGGAGCGAUACAGUGCCAUCUGCCGGCCGCUACAAGCACGCGUGUGGCAGACGCGUUCCCAUGCGGCUCGUGUGAUCAUCGCCACUUGGAUGCUCUCUGGACUGCUCAUGGUGCCCUACCCGGUGUACACCGCCGUACAGCCCGCAGGAGGGGCCCGGGCGCUGCAGUGCGUGCAUCGUUGGCCCAGUGCGCGUGUCCGCCAAACCUGGUCGGUACUGCUGCUCCUGCUUUUGUUCUUCGUCCCAGGCGUGGUUAUGGCCGUGGCCUACGGGCUCAUCUCCCGCGAGCUCUACUUAGGGCUUCGCUUCGACGAGGACAGUGACAGCGAAGGCCGAGUCCGAAGCCAAGGAGGGCUGCGGAGUGGGGCGGGACCAGGUCCUGCCCCCCGCAAUGGGAGUUGCCGGCCGGAGGGCGGGCUGGCUGGCGAGGAUGGCGACGGCUGUUACGUGCAGCUUCCGCGCUCGCGUCAGACCCUGGAGCUGUCCGCGCUGACCGCGCCCACUCCUGGGCCCGGAGGUGGCCCCCGGCCCUACCAGGCCAAGCUGUUGGCCAAGAAGCGCGUGGUGCGGAUGUUGCUGGUGAUCGUCGUGCUUUUUUUCCUGUGUUGGUUGCCACUGUAUAGUGCCAACACGUGGCGUGCCUUCGACAGCUCUGGUGCACACCGCGCACUUUCAGGAGCGCCAAUCUCUUUCAUCCACUUGCUGAGCUACGCCUCAGCCUGCGUCAACCCCCUGGUCUACUGCUUCAUGCACCGUCGCUUCCGCCAGGCCUGCCUUGAGACGUGUGCCCGCUGCUGCCCCAGGCCUCCACGAGCUCGCCCCCGGCCCCUUCCAGACGAGGACCCUCCCACCCCUUCCAUUGCUUCACUGUCCAGACUGAGCUACACCACCAUCAGCACGCUAGGGCCUGGCUGAGGGGUAGGGGGAGAGUGGAGGCUGAGACGGGACACACCCAUUCCUACAGGCAGGGACCCACCCAGACACACAAGAGAGGUAGAUCCACUGACAAAGGAGACUACACCCCAAAGCAUGGACUAAUCCCAAAGCACACACAAACACACACACAUAUACACAAGUGGCUUACUUGACACAAAAGAAACAAACCAGACUCGCACACAGGAAAUAAAGCACACUGUUGAUAUGGAACUGAGCCUGGCACGUGGAAACAUGGCCCUGAACUUAGACACACACACAGCAGCAUUCCUAGCAGUGGACUAUCCAUACAUAGUGGAAACUCUAAGAGAAUCUGGGCUGCCUCUCAUAUACACAUAGUAAUGGCACUGAUUCUUUAGGGCUCUGGAGCCUGGCACAGUACUGACUCCUGAGAUGCUCCAGGGUGCCCCCAGUUUGACCUCACAGUGCCCUUCCCCAUUUCAGCACUGAAAAUAUUAACUAACCUAAUCUCACACCUCCCUGACCAACAGCCUAUUUUGCACUGAAAAGGCCCUUAAUUCGUUUCCAGUUAAACAGUAUGGCCCUGCCCCUCAUCCCUCACCCAAACUCAAGAAAUAAAAAUGACUUGGCUUCCUUCCUGAA